AUCGAUUGUCGUGCUGUUAGUUGUGCCGUUUCGCGGCAGAAGUCGACACGUGUGAUCUUGUUCAGUAAAGUGUGUUGAACCGGUAGCGUGUGCUGUUAAAAGUAUUUUAUGACAAAUAUAGUUUUGAAGUAUCCAAAUAUAUAUUUUAACGGCAAUAAAGGUGUGACUAUCUUUACAGUAAAUACAACAUGUCAGAGAAAGGCUCUGCUGAUGAUAGUAGAAGAAAUUCAUGGGGAGUUGAACUUGGAAGCAUGGAUAAGAGAACGCGGUUCCAGGUGAACCGUGUAGACGCCACGACUUCCAAGGGCGGUGGAGGGGUAGACGAGGAAGGUGUACCUCUUCGUGGUCGUGGCGACGACGAGGAAGGGUCCCGUCGGGGUUCGCUCGAGGACCUGCCGCGUGCCACCUCGCCCACAAUGCUGCUGUCCCACACGUCUGAACACGACGGGUAUGACACCCGCUACGCCAAAAGUUUUCGUCAUUUCACCCGCGAGGCACUACCGCGUCUCGACAAUUACCGGAAUAUCAUGUCCAUCCAGGCAGCCUACCGGCCCACACUCGACGAACUGCACAACGCCACUCUGCAGAGCAAGCCAACAAAUCCCCCUGUGGGUUUUCCAGCAGACAACGAGGGCAUAGUCAAGUUUGGGUGGAUCAAAGGCGUAUUGGUACGCAACCUUCUCAACAUAUGGGGCGUGAUGCUGUUUCUCCGCCUGUCCUGGGUUAUCGCCCAGGCUGGCAUUGGCCAAGGGCUGCUACUGAUCCUUGCAACGAGUGUUGUAACAUCAAUCACUGCUUUAUCGAUGUCAGCCAUCAGUACGAACGGAGUCAUAAAAGGAGGUGGCACAUAUUACAUGAUCUCUCGAUCACUGGGACCUGAAUUUGGUGGGUCUAUCGGCCUUAUCUUCUCAUUGGCCAAUGCGGUCGCUUGCGCCAUGUACGUUGUCGGAUUCUGCGAGUCCAUGUCGGAUUUGCUGAAAUCGCAUGAUCUCCAGAUAGUGGAUGGUGGGAUUAAUGACAUGCGAAUCAUGGGUUCCAUCACCGUCAUGUUUCUCCUCUGCAUCGUUGUUGUCGGAAUGGAGUGGGAAGCCAAGGCUCAGCUGGGACUCCUUGUCAUUCUGCUGGUUGCGAUAGCUGAUUUUAUAAUUGGAACCCUCAUCGGUCCCCAGAAUGACGAAGCCAGGGCAAAAGGAUUUGUCGGAUAUGACCUUAGUCUUGUUACGGAAAACUUCUACCCAGACUAUCGAUUCAGUGAAGGAGUUCAACACAACUUCUUCUCUGUGUAUUCCAUUUUCUUCCCUGCGGCAACUGGAAUUCUAGCUGGAGCAAACAUAUCUGGGGACCUAAGUGACCCACAAGGAGCCAUACCCAAGGGCACCCUGCUUUCUAUUCUGCUGACAACUCUGUCCUACCUGUCAAUGGCUGCCAUGUCAGGUGCCGUCAUGGAGCGGGAUGCGAGUGGCAAUGUCACUGAGCUGUACAACGGAACAUUUACCAACUGCACGUAUCGUGAAUGUAAGUGGGGACUGCACAACAGCUUUCAGGUGAUGGAACUGGUGUCAGCGUUCGGACCUCUGAUUUAUGCUGGUUGCUUCGCAGCAACACUCUCUUCAGCACUUGCCAGUUUGGUGUCCGCACCUAAAGUAUUUCAAGCCCUGUGUAAGGAUCAGCUGUACCCAUACAUCACAUGGUUUGCCAAGGGUUACGGCAAAAACAACGAGCCAGUCCGCGGAUAUGUUCUUUGUUUCUUCAUCUCCAUAGGUUUUAUUCUCAUUGGAGAACUGAAUGCAAUUGCACCAUUGAUCUCCAACUUCUUCCUUGCAGCGUACGCACUCAUCAAUUUCAGCACGUUCCACGCGUCUUUAGCAAAGCCUGUUGGCUGGAGACCAAAAUUCAGGUUUUACAACAUGUGGUUGAGUUUGGCCGGGGCGUUAUUAUGCGUAUUUGUGAUGUUCCUCAUAAGCUGGUGGACUGCUCUUAUUACGCUCGCCUUCGUACUGGCUCUCUACCUGAUCGUAGCCUACAGAAAGCCAGAUGUAAAUUGGGGCUCCACAACUCAGGCACAAACAUACAAAAAUGCCUUGUUGUCUGUACAACAGUUAAACAACGUUGAAGACCACGUGAAGAAUUAUCGGCCGCAGAUUCUCGUUCUUUCAGGCAUGCCAAGCUUCCGUCCGCCCCUGAUAGAUUUUGCCUAUCUUUUAACAAAAAAUCUCUCGCUUCUUAUUUGUGGUCAUAUAUUGAAAGGUCCUGUAUCUCAACGUAUCAGAAAUAUCUUGACUUAUAAGGCUCACAACUGGCUCCGCUCACAUAAAAUAAAGGCAUUCUAUACUCACGUCGAUGAAGUGAACUUUGAAGAAGGAGCCAAAGCAUUAAUCCAAGCCUCGGGUGUUGGCAAACUACGGCCAAAUAUCUUGCUGAUGGGCUACAAGGGUGAUUGGCGAGAAUGUGAAAGGGAAGAAUUAGCCAUGUACUUUGAGGUGAUGCAUAAAGCCCUGGACAUGUACAUGGCAGUUGCCAUUCUAAGACUGCAAGAGGGCCUCGAUUACUCAAAAGUGAUAGCGGAUGAAGAUGAUCUUGUAAAUGGUAUCAGUUCUGUCGCUGGAGUAGGAGAUAAAGGCGCCAUUCGUACAAGACAGAACUCCCAGGAAUCUCUGCCUCGUAAUCAAUCCUUCUCGCAGAUGUCUCAAGCAAGUAGUGCAAGCGAUCUGUCUGCCCCCGCAACUCCAAAUUUGAACAAAGCCAGAGUAAAUGAAAGUCCCAAUGUGGAUGUUGUUUCUACGGCGAUAACGAUUGCAGAUUCUGGUAACCAAGAAAGUAAGAAUCAUGCUGCAAGUGGAAUGAACAGUCGGAAGGAAAAGAGGAAACUGGAAUAUAAGGCUGACCUCUACAGGGGGCCUGGAGGAAGCACUCUCCCUAAGGACGUACUCAACAAUCUGAUACAAUUCCAGAAGAAACAAAAGAAGGGAACUAUCGAUGUCUGGUGGCUUUACGAUGAUGGAGGACUGACACUUCUUCUGCCGUACAUCAUCGGCACGAGGCGGAACUGGUCUGCUUGCAAACUUCGUGUCUUCGCACUUUCUAAUAAGAAAGAUGAACUAGAAUUUGAACAACGCAGCAUGGCUAGUUUACUGGCCAAAUUCCGCAUCGAUUACUCGGACCUGAUGGUGAUACCAGAUAUAACGAAAAAGCCACUUGAAACUACGGUAUCAUUCUUUGAGAGCCUAAUUUCUGAGUUCAAGCAAAUGGAAGGGAGUACUGACGGUGGAACAUCCGAUGAUCCAAUGGCCAUUACAGAAGCUGAAUUGCUGGCCAUGAACGAUAAGACAAAUCGGCACUUGCGGUUGAGAGAGCUUGUCAUGGAAAAUUCCCUUGAAGCAAAUCUGAUCGUCAUGACACUGCCCAUGCCGAGGAAGAAUGUGGUUUCGGCAACCUUGUACAUGGCGUGGUUAGAAACGCUGACGAAAGACAUGCCACCAUUCCUUCUGGUUCGUGGUAACCAGACCUCUGUUCUUACAUUCUAUUCAUGAACAUUCAGCGUACAUACAGUGCUUUAAAAUUAGCCUUGCAAUGGGCAUAUUUAUUGAACAGGAAUUCUUCAAUAUGCUUCAAAAACUUCAGCUUUGUCCAAAAUUAAGAAUGAAAAUAUUCAAUUUUGGAGACUUAUUUCACAAGAAGACGUGCUUUAUAAUGUAGCUUUGGUGGAUAGUGACGGUUGAAAUGGUUUGGUCGCACAACUUCUUCGAAUUGCGGAUAUUAAUACGUAAAACUGCUGAAUGCCGCGUAGCAGAGCUAGCGACUGUCUCGUUUAGUCUUCCCUGUCUGUAAGGGAAAGCACAUUCAUUCUAAUUUUAUUCCCACCAUAUUUGUUUAAUAAUUUAUAUUCAUUCCUUCCUGUGUUGUUAUUUUAAACUCUUAGUGAAGUUAUAAUGUGUCGAGUUAAUUGUUCCGCUCUUCAAUUACGUGAAGAAACAAUCCGGUGAAUUUUCACCAAUAGUGUAUAGUGAUAUAUUAAAUUGGUAGGAAUUAUAAUUUAUUGUCGCUGCUCAGAUAAUGGAGUACUUUGUUCACAGCUAUGGCUUAGAAAUUCUAGUGAAGCUUUUUAAUAUAUUAUAAUCGACUGAAGGUUAUGGGACCUUGAAGAUGACCUGACGACUGUACACAAGACAAUACUUUGAGCUUACUUUGGUGUUUUCUAAAAUAUGUACGUUGCCCAAGUGAGUGGUAUAUUGCGGAUAUUAUAACCUUUCUUUUUAAUGCAUCUUGCCGACCAGAUAUUAUUCUUGUUACCUGCUAUCGGAAAAGGGAAGAAACUUCCUCGAAUUUUUAUUCUCCCCGUUUUUCCGCGUCUUCCCCGUACACAUUCGGAAAUUUCUUGUUCUCAUAUUGCAGUUCAACUUUUGGCUUUUUGGGGGGACGAGCCACGUCAAAUGUUGAAAAUUAUGCGGUGUUUCGGCAAACGUUGCGGUUGCCGUGUGUUCGCCCUGAAGGCUGCAACUGCAGUGUUUGAUGAAACUUUGGAUAAUUUUCAACCCUUGACACGGUUCAUACCUGAAGCUUAAGUUGUGCAUUCAUAAUUUGUUUAAAGAUGGGGGUUGAAGAGGUAGGUCUGUGUUUCGGAAUUAUGUAUGUAAUGGACUGAGAAAGAACAUAAAUAUACAAAUAUAUAUAUACAAAAAUACUGCUGACUGUUCCAUAAUUAUAAUGACUACAAUCUGUGACAAAGGAAUGUGAAGGAAUAUUAUGAAUUUUUCAGGGCAGAUAUUGUAUUACUUUAUUUAUGACUCUACAAUUCUUGAAGAACUGUGGUCACAUCUAUAUCUUCUUAAAAACAUGCUGAUUUCUUACAAAAUUAAUCAUUUUAUUAAUAUUUUAUUUCUACGGAUUUGAUUAUCACUAGUACGUGGUGCUGUGAAACACAUUACAAAAUAUGCAGUUUAAUUUCAAACAGGAAUUUAAAAAGAAAAAAUAUAUUUACAAACUGAACUGAAAAAAAAUACAAGUAAAUUUUUACACCGGAAACAUCAGCUUAAUUUCCUGCUUCUCGCCUCGUCAACAUUGCACGGGGGUAAUUAAUUGUCUUGACAUGUAACUUGGGGAGAGUUGUAGGAAAACUAUGAUAGACAAAGAUACAUAUUCUUUUACUGUGGGACACAGAAUUGAUGGAAAUCUGUGCAUAAAUAUGGUAUGUACAUUGUUUUAAAUUUGCAUAGUGCAAAAGUGUUAAUGUACCAGUAUUAUGUUAUUAUAGUACAGUAUUAUGCUGUAAACAAACUUUUUUUGACUCAUGUUUGCUGUGUCUGAAUUUGUAAUGUUAACCUUUUCUCUGCCACAUUUUGCAAGCACUGCUAAAUUUUCCAUACCUCAACAUUUAAGGUUUUAGGUUAAUUCCUUAAGUGAGGUUAUGUCAAUUGUACAAGGAAUAACUAUCCAUCUUACGAUUUUUUUAAUGUGGCAGUAAAAUUGAAAUGUUCACAUCUCUAAGAUUAAUAUAUUUAUGGCUGGAGGAACAAAGAUGGUGAUCUUAUGGGUUGUGACACCACUUGUUUGUAGGUACCAUUGUUUUGAAGGAACCUCCAUUUUCAGUCUUAAACUGAAGACACUAAAAAUUAAAUAAUUCAAGGUUGGCACUGCAGAAACCCAACUUGGAAACUAGUACAGAGGUGGCAGUGAAAGGUUUAGGUUAUUGAAUAAGUUUCUGACACUUUUAUUUGUUGUGCGGAAGUGAAGAAUUACUAUUGCAAAAGAAUAACUACAAUGGUAAGAUAUGUUUAUAAAAUAGUUUAUUGAAUUCCUGGAUUUAAAGCAAUUGUUACAUUGUUGUGUAGUAAACUGUAAUAUGCAAUGAUGUUCCAACCCUCCCAUUAUUUUUAUUAACAUUUUGAAAUAAAAAUUCUUUGCCUUCAUCCGAACA